AGACGAAGACUGAGAGAAAAAAGCAGCUGAACUUGCCGUUGAUCGGAUCUGAUUUUCCGACGUCUAUCCGCCGGAGCCUCCGUCGUCGAACCGCCGCACCACGAUGUCGGGCUCAGCAGUUCCCAAGCUAGCCACCACAAUCCACAUAACAGCGCUAGACGGGAUAAUAAACGUCAACUCUCUGUUCACAUUUGCGGUUUUCGUCGGCCUAGCUUGGAACCCGCGAGACCCGAAUAACCGCCUCACCGACGACCCGAACUGUCUGGCCGACCCGAAAGUCGCCGAGAAUCUCGUGGCAUUCCACGUUUACUCCUUCGCUUUCUUCCUCUUCUCCAGCCUCGUUGCACUGUGCCUCAAGCAAGCGAUUCGACUCGCCAAAACCGCCCAUUACCCCACCAUUUUCGCCCUAGACUUAGCUCACGUCAAUAAGAGCGCCGUUAGGGUUGGCUAUCUGGUUUGCGCUGCCGGCUCGGUGUGUGGCUGCGUGUUUUUGAUGCUUGCGUUGAUCAAUGUGGUUCAGAUCAAGCUCGGAACUCUCGGGUGUGGGAGUAGCCAUAGCUAUGGAGCUGUGAUCCCGCUUGUAACAUUUGUGCCCUUAGGGCUCAUCAUCUAUGUUUGCACUAUCCUCUAUGCUUUCACUCGUUAACAUAAUCUCAGUCCAUAUAAGUUUGAUUUGUGUAUUAACAAGCUUUGAUUUUGGGACAUUGUUGUGUAAUUGUGUUGUAUGUUGUUCUUUAUAGUAUGUGAAGUUGUGAAUGAUAUUUGUAGGAUUUUUUUUGUUCUC